UGCUUAGAGAUUGAUGACAUCCAGUUGGCUGGAGGAUCCAGCCGUUGUUCUGGUGAACUACAGGUGAAGAGCCAGGGUGUUUGGAUAAAUGUGGAUGACCGUGACUGGAACCUCAAGUUAGCAGAUGCAGUUUGUAGACACCUGGACUGUGGUUCUGUGGUUGAGGUUCUCUCACGCAAUUACCCAUAUGUAUCUCCAUGGAGAGUAGCGCCUUUCUGUCUAAAUUCUGGAACUGAACUGAGGAAAUGUUUUAUAAAAGGGUCCAUAACGCCUGGUACCAGUCUGGGGAUCAUCUGUUCAGGUAAUGCCACCAGAGGCCAUGACACAAAAACACUAAUCAUAAACAAGCUCAGAGUCUAACAGGAGUCUAAUUUCAGCCUUUAUCUAAUCGACCCCAUGCUGAUCAGUCUACAAAACAUUUCUGAAGCUUCACAGCAAAACAGUGUAGCAGCUUUCUCUGUGACAAGUGAAGUAGCUGGAGACUUUGUUUCAGAACAGAAAAAACAUCUUAUGUUCUCUUAUUCGUUCUCUCUCUUUUCCCUGAUAGACUCCAUCAGGCUGGUGAAUGGAAACAGUCUGUGUUCAGGCAGACUGGAGGUGAAGUCUAACCAGAGGUGGUCCUCAGUGUGUGAAGAUGACUUUGACCAGCAGGAUGCAGAGGUGGUCUGUAGGGAGCUCGGCUGUGGGGCUCCUUCAGUCCUCCAGGGGGCGCUCUAUGGAGAAGUGGAGGCUCCAGUGUGGACCAGUGAGUUCCAGUGUGGAGGCCAUGAGUCUGCUCUCCUGGACUGUAGAACCUCAGGCUCAGAUAGAAACACCUGCUCACCUGGCAAAGCUGUUGGACUCACCUGCUCAGACUCUGUCAGGCUGGUGAAUGGAAACAGUCUGUGUUCAGGCAGACUGGAGGUGAAGUCUAACCAGAGGUGGUCCUCAGUGUGUGAAGAUGACUUUGACCAGCAGGAUGCAGAGGUGGUCUGUAGGGAGCUCGGCUGUGGGGCUCCUUCAGUCCUCCAGGGGGCGCUCUAUGGAGAAGUGGAGGCUCCAAUGUGGACCAGAGAGUUCCAGUGUGGAGGCCAUGAGUCUGCUCUCCUGGACUGUAGAACCUCAGGCUCAGAUAGAAACACCUGCUCACCUGGCAAAGCUGUUGGACUCACCUGCUCAGAGCGUGAUAUUUUCUGGUUGGUGGGAGGAUCCAGUCGCUGUGCUGGUGAACUGGAGCUGAGACAACAAGGUGUGUGGAGAAAAGUGGAUGAAGCAAUGCUUCAGUGGAAUCUAAAGACAGCAGAUGCAGUUUGCAGACACCUGGACUGUGGCUCUGCUGUUUCAACAGGGCAGAUACAGAGUUUAACAUCCAUACCUGUCUGGAGGAUUAGUUCAACUUGUCUUCAGUCUGGGUCUGCAAUUAGUGAUUGUGUAUCUACAACAACUGAUUCUGCCAAAUACCACCUGGAGGUCAAAUGUUCAGACUCUGUCAGGCUGGUGAAUGGAAACAGUCUGUGUUCAGGCAGACUGGAGGUGAAGUCUAACCAGAGGUGGUCCUCAGUGUGUGAAGAUGACUUUGACCAGCAGGAUGCAGAGGUGGUCUGUAGGGAGCUCGGCUGUGGGGCUCCUUCAGUCCUCCAGGGGGCGCUCUAUGGAGAAGUGGAGGCUCCAAUGUGGACCAGUGAGUUCCAGUGUGGAGGCCAUGAGUCUGCUCUCCUGGACUGUAGAACCUCAGGCUCAGAUAGGAACACCUGCUCACCUGGCAAAGCUGUUGGACUCACCUGCUCAGAGCCCGAUAUUUUCCAGUUGGUGGGAGGAUCCAGUCGCUGUGCUGGUGAAAUUGAGGUGAAACAACAUGGCAUUUGGAGAAAAGUGCAUGAUGCAUCGGCUCAGUGGAAUCUAAAGACAGCAGAUGCAGUUUGCAGACAACUGGACUGUGGCUCUGCUGUUUCAACAGGGCUGAUACAGAGUUUAACAUCCAUACCUGUCUGGAGGAUUAGUUCAACUUGUCUUCAGUCCGGGUCUGCAAUUAGUGAUUGUGUAUCUACAAAAACUGAUACUAUCAUCUCUCACUUGGAGGUCAAAUGUUCAGACUCUGUCAGGCUGGUGAAUGGAAACAGUCUGUGUUCAGGCAGACUGGAGGUGAAGUCUAACCAGAGGUGGUCCUCAGUGUGUGAAGAUGACUUUGACCAGCAGGAUGCAGAGGUGGUCUGUAGGGAGCUCGGCUGUGGGGCUCCUUCAGUCCUCCAGGGGGCGCUCUAUGGAGAAGUGGAGGCUCCAGUGUGGACCAGAGAGUUCCAGUGUGGAGGCCAUGAGUCUGCUCUCCUGGACUGUAGAACCUCAGGCUCAGAUAGAAACACCUGCUCACCUGGCAAAGCUGUUGGACUCACCUGCUCAGAGCCCAAUGACAUCCAGUUGGUCGGAGGAUCCAGCUCCUGUGUGGGCAGACUUGAGAUGAAACACAAAGGAAAAUGGAAACCAGUGUCUCUCUCGUACAGUUUAAUGUGGGACCUGAUGUCUGCAGCGGUUGUAUGUAGACAGCUGGACUGUGGUUCUGCUCUUUCAAUAGGAACAAUGCCUGCAGACGGGAAAGAUACAUGGACAAUCGUAACUUCCUGUGGUCAGUCUGAAUCUGCCAUCAGGGAAUGUACAUUAAUGUGGCCUUUACCUUCCCGGCAUACUCUGAAAAUUACCUGCUCAGACUCUGUCAGGCUGGUGAAUGGAAACAGUCUGUGUUCAGGCAGACUGGAGGUGAAGUCUAACCAGAGGUGGUCCUCAGUGUGUGAAGAUGACUUUGACCAGCAGGAUGCAGAGGUGGUCUGUAGGGAGCUCGGCUGUGGGGCUCCUUCAGUCCUCCAGGGGGCGCUCUAUGGAGAAGUGGAGGCUCCAAUGUGGACCAGUGAGUUCCAGUGUGGAGGCCAUGAGUCUGCUCUCCUGGACUGUAGAACCUCAGGCUCAGAUAGAAACACCUGCUCACCUGGCAAAGCUGUUGGACUCACCUGCUCAGAGCCUGAUAUUGUCAGGUUGUCAGGGGGAACCAGUCGCUGCGAUGGCACGUUAGAGAUGAAACAACGGGGAGAGUGGAGACCAGUGGCCAACAUGUUCUCUGAAUGGGACCAGAAGUUAGCAUCUGUUGCAUGUAGACAAUUCAACUGUGGUUCUGUUGUUUCAAAAAAAACCAGAGAAACUUUAUAUAAACCUGCCUGGCAGAUCAGCGAGACCUGUGUUCAGUCUGAUUCUAUACCCCUGCUGCGGGAGUGUUUAAUAACGCCUGGUGGACUCCAACUGCCCAUCAGCCUGGAGGUGAUCUGCUCAGAUAUUCUGGCUCAGCCAAACAUCUCCUUCUCCCCCCACAAUGACGGGUUGUCCGAGGACAAGCAGCUUCAGGUGCUCCUGGGCUCCAGUUUCACCAUCAGCUGCUCCAUCCUGCCCCAGCAUCCAGGAGGCUCUUUCCAGUUAAUUUUGACCAACUCAGCGACAUCACAGAACUACACCCUGCCAGCUGUCAAUCACUCUGCCCACUUCCUGUUCUCUGCUGCAGACCACACCCAUCAAGGGAACUACAUCUGUGUUUAUCACGUCUACGCUUUCUUCCAUAAAUUCUCCCCUGAGAGCCGGCGUCUCUAUGUCACUGUUGCAGCCUCUUUAACAGAUCUGAUCAUCAGGCUGGCACUCAUAGUGCUGAUGGUGGCGUUCAGUGCUGCCAUGUUUUUCUACUACAAGGUCAGUAAUAGUCAGAUGCCGAGACGAGAGGACAAUAUUGAGCUCGAUUACCUUGGUGGUGCUCAAGAUGGAAACAGUGGAGCUGAAGAGGCAGGAGUCGAGGGACCACAGUAGUGCACAUCCAGGGUUUCCAGGAGAUGAAUCAGUACUGGAGUCAAAAGAGGUAUAUGUGAAUUUAACAAAAAAGGUUUUAACAUUUGUAAAUGACAAUGUGCUUUUCCUGCUGUAUUCUUAUAUUUCAAAUUCUUGCACUGACUGAUUAAAGAGACAAUGCAGUGAGAGAAAUGUGACAUCUUGUUGUGUGAUAUUGUCUCCACCAAAGUUACAUUUACAUUAUUAAAGUGUGUUAUCUGACAUAUGGAGGCAAUUCAUGAGCUCACAUGCAGCUUCCUCUAGGGGCCACAAAAGGGUUCAAUUAUAUUUUUCCACAUAUGCAGCUGUACUCCUGCAAACGAUGCUGAGCUAAUGAUAAUAAGAUAAUUGUUGUGAAUGUCUGUGUUCUGCAUCUGGUGAUAUCUGCAAAAGAUAUACUCUAUAUUUAAUGUGAAAAUAAGUAGA